AAAAGCAGCUGUCACCGUUAUCUACUGUACAUCAGACCGUCAGAGCGGCUUUGUGGCUGUCUGCUGUCGCAGCCAUGAACUGUCUGAGGGCGCUGCGUCUGUCCAACUCUGCGCAGCUCAUCGCCAAAAACACAGACGCUGCGAAGAAGCUGUUCAUCAUCCAGCCGGCAUGUUGUCUGAGCACGAAAUUAACCAAAUCAACCGCGGCGUCGCAACCAAGACCGCCUGCGCUCCUGGAUCAUUUCCAGCUGAAAACGAACGUCCAUACAAAGUCCCCCAGCUCUGGAGUGGAAGACAUGCUUUUCUACACCAUCACUGAGGGAAAAGAGCGAGUCCCUAUUUCAUACUUUACCUCAGCCCUGAGGAAAACCGGCCUUCACCCAUCGGACCCUCGUCUGAAGGACUGCAUGGACAAGCUUCGGCAGGCCGUGAGAGAAUCUGUUGCCGAGGUGAUGAUGGACAGAGAGCUUUUCCACAGGUGUGUCAGUGGGAACGUGGUACUGCUGAUCCAGGCCUUCAGGAAGAAAUUCAUCAUCCCCGAGUUUGACGUGUUUGCGCAAAAGAUCAACGAAAUCUACAACACAGUGCAAAACCAAAGCGACGGGAAGGUUGCAGACUACAUCCCCCAGCUGGCCAAGUUCAGCCCAGAACUGUGGGGUGUGUCUUUGUGUACAGUGGAUGGCCAGAGGCACUCGGUGGGCGACACCAAGCAGCCGUUCUGCCUGCAGUCCUGUGUGAAGCCGCUGCAGUACGCCAUCGCCGUCCAUGAGGCGGGAACGGAGAAGGUUCACCGUUACGUCGGCAUGGAGCCCAGCGGACUCAAGUUCAACAUGCUCUCGCUUGAUGAUGGAGAUAAGCCUCACAACCCCAUGGUGAACGCUGGAGCCAUCGUGAUCAGCUCUCUUAUUAAGCCUCGUUCGAAUAAGGCAGAGAAGUUUGACUAUGUUAUGGAGUUUGUGAAAACGAUGGCGGGCCAAGAGUACGUGGGAUUCAGCAACGCCACGUUCCAGUCAGAAAAAGAAACAGGCGACAGAAAUUUUGCCAUUGGAUACUACAUGAAAGAGAAGAAGUGUUUUCCACCAGAAGCAGAUAUGAUCGAUGCCCUGGACUUCUACUUCCAGCUUUGCUCCAUCGAGGUGACCUGCGAAUCGGGAAGCGUCAUGGCUGCCACUCUGGCCAACGGAGGGAUCUGUCCAAUCACGGGCGAGCGUGUCCUGAGUGCCGAGGCAGUGCGAAACACUCUGAGUCUCAUGCACUCCUGUGGCAUGUAUGACUUCUCUGGACAGAUGGCUUUUCAUGUGGGCUUGCCGGCCAAAUCCGGGGUGUCCGGUGCGAUACUGCUGGUGAUCCCCAACGUCAUGGGAGUGAUGUGUUGGUCUCCUCCACUGGACAGAGUAGGAAACAGCGUCCGGGGAAUACACUUCUGUGAGGAGCUUGUGUCGCUCUUCAAUUUCCACAAUUAUGACAACUUGAGGCACUUUGUGAAGAAGCAGGACCCUCGCAGACAGGAUGGAGACGACAGGAACAAGUCUGUUUUCAAUUUGAUGUUCGCCGCCUACAGUGGAGAUGUGUCUGCCCUGAGAAGGUUUGCGCUCUCAUCCAUGGACAUGGACUUGAAAGACUAUGACUCUCGAACAGCGCUACAUAUCGCUGCAGCAGAGGGUCACAUAGAGGUGGUGAAGUUCCUUACUGAAACCUGCAAAGUCGAUCCUUUUGUAGAAGACAGGUGGGGGAACCUGCCGGUCGAUGAUGCCGUGCAGUUCGGCCACGACGAGGUAGAGAAAGUGCUGAAAGACUACCAGCAGGUGUGCAGGCAGCAGGAAACAAAGCACACUGAGGCCGAGCGCUCUCCGAAGCUGGACACCAUCGAGGGCAUGGUGUGAUUGAAUCUAACCCCCAAACUGUAACACGUCAGGGCGUUUGUGCAAUCUGUCAAGUUUUGAAAUGUGAAGCUGCAUUUGUAGCACAUAGACUAAGUGCCAAACAGAGAGCAGAAUGUGACGACAUACUCUAAUCUUGCUGACCUCUGCAGACUGCAGUGAAGAUUUAUCACUGAAAAACAAUGUGUUUAGACUAGUGCACAAGAAGAUACAAUGCAGACAAUAUGCAGAGUAAGAAUAAUAACACAACGUUACAUACAACAUGUGUGGGUUUGUAUGAGUGAUGGCACAUGCUGCAAACGUCACACCGAUACUGCUGGAACACAUCAUCCACCUGGAUGCAAUGUUCACAUUAUAGUAAGAUCCAUAUUUGGGUGUAGGGGGUAGCAGAGCAGAUUUGAUGAACACAAAAGUUGGAUAUUUCUGCUUCUCAGUACUCACAACAGGGCAUGCAUUGUGCCUUUUUGAAACCUUUAAAAAUGUAAAGCUUUUAUGUUGGGAUGCAAUAUCUCACUUUUGGCUCAUUGCAGAAACGAAAAGGGGAGGGAAUCGUAAAUUACCCCAGUAAACUUAACUUGGGAUGCUUUGUAUAUAUUAUGUUAUUCAGCUGUAAAUAACCACUGGAUUCCUGAUGCCUGAAUACAUUAUUACACACAGGGUCAUGGCCUUUAUGCACAUUUUAACUCUGGACAAACAAGAAAUUCCAAAUUGUAAUUUAUGAUGUGAAAUAUUUUGACAUUGAAGACAUCCAUUAAACAUAUUUUAUUUAU